UGGGCGAAUCCCUUCAGGGGCCAGAAGUAUAUCAUCCUCCUUCUCGCCCGUCCAUCUGUCUGUGUUUUCAGCAGGUCAACAAGACAACAUCACAACUAUCUAUAUCCUCUUCAAUACAAUAGAAAACCCAAUCGCCACAACUAUUAUCACCAUGCGUCAGACCAGUACUACCUUGGAAGUUCCGAUUCCUAUCACCUACACUCCCACCACCCACCGCAUCAGCAAAGCAAAAAAGGGAAAGCGUGUGCAUGCUUGCCAGUACCCUGGCUGCGACAAGGUGUUUACCAGAGCCGAACAUCGGAGACGCCAUGAGCUGAACCACAACCCCGAGGCCCUUUUUCGAUGCACCUACCCUGAGUGUCAGAGAGCAUUUCACCGUCAGGACUUGCUUAACCGUCACAUUGAGCGACAUGAGCUCGACGCACAGAUGGAAAACGCAGCACGUUGGAAACAGACCCAGCUUCCCGUUGCACCCCAACCUCAUCCUUCCAAGAACAUCAUGCCUACGUCCUUCGACUCCAACAUGUUCCUGCCUACACCGCAACAGUCGACUUCUACCUCCAUGUCCAUCGAAACCCUCGUCACUCCUGAGAUCCGCCUUGACCUUGCCAGCGACCAGUCCUUCAACUGGGACGGUCUCGACUUCCCUUUGUAUCCUCAGCAGACUUCUAUGCUCCAGAGCCCUAUGCCAGAGCUCAUCGAUGACAACUCUUCUUUCUAUUCGUACCCCGAGUCCUGCGCUUCUCCCUCCUCAUCUGGGGGUGCUACAUUCCUUUCUUCUCGCCCGAGCUCCUCGCUCUCCUCGACACCGGCUACGAUGAUGGAAUCAUACCCGGAAACCUACCCGGAGCCUAUUCUCGACUGCGGAUUGACUUCCUCGCCAUUGCAGCUGCAGGCGGACUUGCGGCCCUUGGACUUUUCGGGUGUCGAUAUGUCGUGGUCGGAUAUUGAGCCUCUCUCUCUGGAUGGGGAUCUUGCGUCUCAGGUAAGACACUCAUUCCGAUAAUCAUAGCAUCAAGGACACGAAUCUGACUUGA